CCCGGGAAGGCGGGGACGGGAGGUGCGGAAAUCCCCGCCUAAAAGGCAGAAGCCGUCGCCCCCACCAGAGAGCUCUGCGCCGGCUGCUCGCCUGCUUGCUGCCGCUGCCACGAGCGCCCGCCUCUCCCCAGCCAUGCCAGGCCCGGCCGCCGACGAGGGGAAGGUCCCCUUCCGCACCGCCAAGGAGGAAAUCCGUGUGGGCUUGGGGGUCGAGGGCUCGGAGGGCGGCGGCGGCGGCCGGGAGAAGCCCGGCGCGCGCGGGCGGCGGCAGGACAUCGCCUGGAGGAACGUCUUCCUGCUGAGCCUGCUCCACUUGGGGGCCGUGUACUCCCUGGCGCUCAUCCCCAAAGCCCAGCCGCUCACUCUGCUCUGGGAUGACUAGAUCGUGAGAUGCUCAGUCAUUGCUUCAUGGACACACUCCCCCCACCUGCCAACCAAAACCCUUAUUGCCCUGGAUCCUCCAGGGAGCUGCUCCCUCUCCACCCCACUCCUUCUCCCUGUAGGGGCAGGACUGUGCCUUUGGACUGCAGAGCUCACCUGCCUCCAGGGGAUUGGGGCUUAGCUUUAAUAGCAGCAGUGUCAGAGAGCUCAGGGAGAAGUGAGCACUUAAAAUAUUGUCUUACAUGCCUGGAGCUCCACAGACCCACAGGCUCCAUCCCUUACAGCCACCCACCCGCUGGUUCUGGCAU